CGACGGCGCACAGUACUGAUAGCGUUUUGGAUUGAUUUGCAGCUGUACAGACGUGUGGAGUUGGCCAGUGAAAGAAGGAGCGCAUUGAAAUACCUACAGAUACACUCUUUACGGUGGUGCUACGCUCUACGAUUGGCUGGAUUUGUAUGUACAGUUAUUGCUUCUGGAGCGCGCACAGGAACGACAGGUUGUCAAGAUUUUACUCGCUUACGAGUUAAGUUUCAGAUUUACGGCUGAAUGCAUGUUAUGCAAGAAUGUUCUUUGUUCUAAUAUAAUGUCGGUUCAUAGAAAGUUCAUCUUAAGUGAACACCUUAUUUCCUAUCUAAAACAAGUACUACAUUGAAGUUUUUCAAUGUACGACCGGAGAGAGGAGAACUGUGGGAAGACUGCGCACGAUAUGGACGACUUCAGACGAGCCGCAUUUCGGAGGAAACCGAGGAGUUUGGAAAAGAAGCGUGUGGAAUCACAAGAAUGUGCAGAGAAGAAAGCCAAGCAGAACUGUUUCUCAUCAAAGAACGUCGAUGAGGAGGCUUGUGUGGGAGUGAAGAUUGCUCAAGGAAACGCUCUCGGCAGCAGCCCCAGUGACCCUUGCAGUCCCGCUUCCCCCAGUGAGAGCAGUCGGGGGGGUGUAAAUGGAAGAGGUAGGGCCUAUAGGCCCUCACUGCAGCGCAAACCACCAGUGCCUCCAAAACCACCACACCUACAGAACUGCGUGAGUGAGCCCGGGACACCAACCCCAGGCCAGCAAGGACCCCUCAAAGCCAGGAUGGAGGAGAGGAGAGGAGGGGGGGUGGCCGGGAGGGGCCGGGAGAAGCCCUCCAAAGUUUCUGACCUCAUCAGCCGCUUCGAGAACAGCCACGGAGAGGGAAAGAGGGACAGUGCCCUGCUGAAGCAGCCCGCCAGGUCCCCUAACCACACCGCGGCUCAGCGGGGGCCCCACCGGCCGCAGGACCUCAAACAGGAGCAGCCGGACGCGGGGUCCCUCCCCGGCGCCCCUCAGGAUGCCCAAAUACUCUCUGCCAAUGGGGUGCUAGCCCAGAUGGACGGGGGCGCGAGAGAGCCCUCUCCGAGCGGGCCAGAGUGCGCGGACCGCGGGACGGACGCGGCCCUGGUCAACGGGGAAGACGAAACGGACGCUAACGCAGAACCGAGCGCAAACGACGCGCAGCCCCAAACGGACAGGACAGACGCUGGGGCAUCCGGAGGGGAGGAAGAGGAGGAGAGCGUCACACAGGAAGAGUCUCAGAAUGAACAGAGGAAGGAGGAUGGUGGUACGGAGCAAAAGGAGACCAAUGAGCAGAAGCUGUAUAAGAUUGCCAGUGAGCUCCUGCAGACGGAGAAGGCCUACGUCAAUCGACUCCACCUGCUGGACAAGGUGUUCUGUGCCAAGCUGAUGGAGGAGGCAGCCAAAGGAACGUUCCCAGUAGAGGUGGUGAAGAACAUCUUCUCCAACAUCUCCUCCAUCCACGCCUUCCACAGCCAGUUCCUGCUGCCGGAUCUGGAGAAGCGCAUGGGGCAGUGGGCUUCGAUGCCUCGCAUUGGGGACAUCCUGCAGAAGCUCACUCCUUUCCUCAAAAUGUACGCAGAGUACGUGAAGAACUUUGACAAGGCCAUGGAGCUUCUGAAGCAGUGGACCGAGCGCUCUCCUCAGUUUAAGGCCAUCAUUGUCGACCUUCAGAGCCAGGAGGCGUGUGCGAGUCUGACGUUGCAGCACCACAUGCUGGAGCCAGUGCAGAGAGUGCCUCGCUACGAAAUGCUGCUGAAGGACUAUCUGAAAAAACUGCCCCCGGACGACUCGGACCGGCGCGAUGCAGAAAAGUCUCUGGAGAUCAUCGCCAUGGCAGCCACGCACUCCAACAGUGCUAUUCGAAAAUCGGAGAACCUGAAGAAGCUGCUGGAGAUCUAUGAGAUGCUGGGGGAAGAGGAAGACAUCGUCAACGCUACCAACGAGUUCAUCAAGGAGGGCCACAUCCUAAAGCUGGCAGCCAGGAACACUUCAGCCAUGGAUAGAUACCUCUUCCUGUUCAACAACAUGCUGCUGUACUGCGUGCCUAAGUUCAGCCUGGUGGGUCAGAAGUUCACAGUGCGCACACGGAUUGGCAUCGACGGCUUGAAGGUCCUGGAGACCUCCAAUGAGGACUACCCCCACACCUUCCAGGUGUCCGGCAAGGAGAGGACCCUGGAGCUGCAGGCCAGCUCGGAACAGGACAAAGUGGGCUGGAUAAAGGCUUUCCAGGAGACGAUAGAGAUCUUCCACCAGAAGAAUGAAACAUUCAAAACUGCCUUCAAAGAGGUUGAGGAAGCCCAGGGUGAAGUGUCUACGGCGGAGCUGGGGAAACGAGCUCCCCGCUGGAUUCGAGACAACGAGGUGACGAUGUGCAUGAAGUGCAGGGAGCCCUUCAAUGCAAUUACGCGCCGUCGACACCACUGUCGAGCCUGCGGCUAUGUGGUAUGCUGGAAGUGCUCAGAUAACAAGGCUGCCCUGGAGUACGAUGGCAACAAGAUGAAUAAGGUGUGCAAGGACUGCUAUGGCAUCCUGAUGGGCGGCUCGGAGGGCGAGAACCGGGCCGAGGGCAAGAAGAAGGGUAUCCUGGAGAUUGAGGCCGCGCAGUUCUCAGGGAGCAGCAUCAUGUGUGGCUUCCUGCAGUACAGUGAGAAGACCAAGCCCUGGCAGAAGGUGUGGUGCGUCAUCCCGGAGAAGGAGGCGCUGGUACUCUACCUGUAUGGUGCGCCACAGGACGUGAAGGCCCAGUCCACCAUUCCCCUGCUGGGCUACAGCGUGGAGGACACUUCUCGCUCGGCUGACCCACCCUCCAGCUUCCGCCUGUCCCAGUCCAAGUCCGUCCACAGCUUUGCGGCUGAGACCGAGGAGCUCAAGCAGCGCUGGCUGCGGGUGAUCCGGGUGGCGGUAACAGGGGAGGUGCCCGAGCCGCCGUCGCCAUCCAACGGUGGAUUGGGGGACGUUGUCCAGGCAGGAAGCACUGAGAGCCUCUGAGAGUCGCGCCCCCCCCCUCCCAAAAAAAGAAACUCCCAGACACUCCCACAGACGCUCUGAACGUUGCUGUUUGUCCGUCAGACCCGCUGGCGACAGACUCUCACACACAAACACUCACAGGCUCUGUCUCCCUGCUGUAGAGACUGCCCCUCUGUGUCCACAUGACAUGUGCAGUCCCCUCCAAAGGCUCACGGUAACCCUGCAAGGAAAUGGACUUCAAGGAACCGGAAACCGCGGAGCAAUCAAAUCAACACUACGCACAAGGACGAGCCUGCAGCCGCCUCCCCUCUUCAGGGGUGUCCGUGAGAGAGGCCUGUCCUCGCACCCAGGACCUCGACACACCGCCUGUCUUGACUACUGUAGUGCCUGCUUCAACCUGAAUUUGUUUUUUUAUAGACCCGGUGCUGCAGGUCUGAACGUCAUCAACAGGUUGCUUUUUUUCAUACACCGCAGCUUGUUACUGUACAUAACGCUAGCGAGCCUAUGAAUAUAGUGCGCUAUAUUUUUCCUAAAAAGGAACAAAUGCAUUUUUAUGUAUAGAGACAAAAACUUUGUGUGUAUGACAAGACAUGGACAGUCGGUUUCUCACUGGAGUGCAACAGAAGCCCUGCAGGACUAAGAAACACAACCGCACACACCCUCACUCAUGGGGUAUCCGUUCAUUUUGGUGCCAGACCUCACGUCCUCCCUGGGAUGCAGUCUGAUUUCCCGCCUUUUUGUUUCGGACUACCCCAAGAUUCAGCAGAAGCAGAUUCACCACAGUGACAACACCAAGUUCCUCUCCCACCGGACUGGCACCACUUGUGCUCAGCAACAGCUGUAGAAUCUGAGUCCCUGAUAGAUAGUCUGCAAAGCAAUUCACAAAUAAGGUUCCAGGGUUUCCACAUUAGAACUGCAAUUUCCUCCUAAGCUAAAUUGUACUAUGAAAGAAUGGGCAGUCAAAGCUCAGAUCAACUGAGCCGUUCCCUCUUCCUGUGGAGAAAUGUCACAGCAGAUGGAGUAUUUCCCAUGGGGUCUGACCUGAGGUUGUCACAUACUGUUGGCAUCAUGGGUAAAUCUGUGGCACUGCUGCCAUAUAGCUGAGAAAGUGUUUUUUUUUAUUUUGUUCUUCAGACAUAUCCCUUGACUGUAAGGCAGGAAUCAGAGAUGAAUGUGUGUUGUCAUUUUAUGGCUAUGUCAUUAUUUAGAGUCAAACAUUUUAUCGCUGUCAUUAAAAUAUUUUGUCUGAAAGGUUUACGAGCUGUGACUGCACAUGAGCACAGGCACAAAGCACAGCCUCAUGGCAGUAUUGUAGAUGGGACAAAAAAUGGUUGUCUAGUAUAGCUGUAACCCCUCUGCUCAACUCCAGCUUCGUAGACAAGCACACAGUACAUUUAUUAGUGUUUUCCAUGUUUGCCAUCGCGCAGUGAAGAUGGAAGAUAGUUUUGAUAAGACUACUGAGGACUGGACUGUGUGUGUCAGACACGGGCCCCUCUCACAGAAAGAAAGGCACAAUCAAGGACUGUCACCCUCGGCCAGCUGGGGGUGAAAAACCAGUGUACAUGUACCAUGUAAAUGUUUUUAAAUACUGUAAUUAAUUUUAUUAUUUAAAGUAAUUUAUAGGAUAAGUGCAUGGUAAAAAAAGAAAAUUGGCACAACUACUUUUUUUAAAUCCCUUACCUUUCCAUUUGCGUGUUUGGAGUUCUUGGUGAAGCCAUAGCCGCGGCCAUAUAUGAACUAACAUGCUCUUUUUAAUAUAUAUAUAUAAAAAAUUUUCUCCAAAAUUG